AUGGACGCCUGGCGCGGAUCUUGGGGUCUGGCGGUCCCGUCGCCCCCCCGGAACUUCUCGGAUUGCCCCCGCGGCAUUGAGUGGGUGUGGAACGCGUUCGGGGAGUGCGCGUCCGACGGCCGGGACCUGGCCAGCGUCGUCUUGGGGCUCUUCUCCAUCUUGUGCUUCGUCGCCGCCUCCUUCCCGCAGUACUUCCGCUCGUGUAAGACGGGGAACAUGGACGAGGCGCUCUCCAUCUGGUUCCUGUUGGGGUGGCUGGCGGGUGACACGUGUAACUUUGUGGGGGCCUUCCUGUCAAAUCAGCUUCCUAUCCAGACGUACACGGCGAUUUACUACGUGCUGGCGGACAUUUUCAUGCUUUCCCUCUACAUGUACUACAAGUAUCGCAACCAGCGCACCAGCUGUGAGUACACAUCAAAAAUGUAUUCUGUUACUUUGUACAAACGCGUCAAAACAUCGAAUACGUUUCGGCCGAGGACGCCGAUUUCCCUAAUGACCUCCGAGUCGGUUUGUGUCUUCCAGCCGUUCACCACCCAGGAGAUCAUCGGAUGUGCAAUCGGUUCCGUGUCCUCCAUGUUCUACCUCAUCUCUAGACUGCCGCAGAUCAUCACCAACUUUCGGAGGCGGUCCACGGAGGGUCUGGCCCUGUCCCUCUUCUGUAUGGUCAUUGUGGGGAACCUGACCUACGGCCUCAGCAUCCUCCUGAAGAACCCCGACAAGGACCAAUCAGAAGCCAAUUACAUCGAGCACCACUUGCCUUGGCUGAUCGGCAGUCUGGGGGUCAUGAGCCUGGACUGUGUUAUUAUCUUCCAGUUCUUCGUCUUCGGUGCAAAGCGGCCGGAUGUCGGUGAGCCGGGAGAACGGGAUCCCCUUCUACAUGGCAACAGGAGGGCCGGGACCCCCGACAAAUGA